UUAACAUGUCUUUUACAUACGAUCAAUAAAUAUGUUAAGGAAUACUUUCCAGAAAAUAAGAAAGUACGACUUCGAAUAGUAAUGGAUGAAGUUUGGAAUAAGGAUGCUCCCACAAAUACUAUUUGGUGGACUGUUAAUGAUAGAGGUCCACCAUCACCACUUUUUAAAUCAAUUGAUUUGAAAAAGGAUGAAUAUUUAG